AUGGAAGACGGAGAACCUUCAAAUACAGGCAUGGAAGAUGGAGAAGCUUCAAAUAACCUUUCGGAAAAACUACCAAAACGAGUCCUCGGCGAUGGUUGCUACCCCGUUGGUGCUCGGUUGAACAUAUAUUCAAAGGCCAAUGUCAUUGGCCUCCUUGUCGAGGCGUUGAAGGGUACUGAAGAUCUUGAGAAGCUACUUCAUUCCCAGUUUGGGAAGUUGUUCCAUCUACCUGUUGCAAGAUGUUGCAACAGCGCCAAACUUGUUCAUGCCCUUCUAUCACGACAACUUGUGACCACGAAGAAACACGAGAUUUGGUUCCUCUUUGGUGGACAGCCUCUGAGAUAUUCGAUACGGGAGUUCAAGGAAAUCACUGGAUUGAAUUGCAAUCCCGAACCUGAUAGCACAGAAGAAGAAGACGAUGUGGGAAAAACAGGAAUCUGGAAAGACCUGUUCGGAAGAGCGAAGGCGAUGACCGUGUUUGAUGUGCUUGAAAUGCUAAAGGACCCGGAUCUACCCCGAUGGAAACGGCUUCCAUUGGCCCUAAUCGUUCUUGUCGACGGUGUUCUGUUUUGCAAUAGCAAAAAUCUGGCCCUCACCGAGAAAUACGUUGCGAUGCUGACUGACUUGGAUAGGUUCAUGGUGUAUCCAUGGGGGAGGGUAUCCUUUAACAAAACAGUAUCUCGUUUUCAAGCUCCGAAGGCAAUCACGGAUGCCGAGAAAAGGGAGAAUCCUGUAACACGAUUGCGCCAUCAGCUUAAACAGAAAACCAGUGCAUGCUAUGGAUUCCCUCUAUCACUACAACUCAUGGCCCUCCAAUCUAUACCAAUGUUGGUUUCCAAAAUUCCUCAACCUGAUAACUUGAAGACAUUCCUUGAAGAUCCCGAAGGCUAUGGUACUCGAGAUGGUGACAAUGACCAACAGAAUGAAUUGCGUUGGGUAGAUGAGGUAGAGGAUGCCGAAGUUGCAUUCAUGCAGGAACUCAUGGCCGAUGGGUACAAAUUCACACCUUCGGAUUUUGCAGUGGCACCGGCCCCUAUCGUGGAUAUUAGUGAUGCAGAGGACGAGGUUACCAAUGAACAGGAACCUGAGCCAUCCACCAGACCGAAGAAGAAACAGAAAACUCAUCAAACUGAAAAACGUCCCAUGCAGAGGAAGAGAGGCAGGGGCAAGAACUCUUCUAAUCUAUCGGAAGAUGAAUCCCUUGAUAGUGGACCCAUUAAAGAGCUUAAAAGAUGGAUAGUACGUCAGAAUACUUUGCUCCUUCGUGACAUUAAGACCGAGUUGGACAAGAGAUUGGGCGUAUACCAAGAAGACGAAGAAGAUGACGAUGUACACCAGUCAAAAGAAGAUGGGGAACAGGAUGAUGAAGGACAGAAUUCCAAAAAAGAUGGUAAAAAACCGGAUGAAGAUGAAGACGAAGCCGAAGAUGGAGGUGAAGAAGGAGGUUAUGAUGGGGCACAGUCUAGCGUAUGCCAUAAUGAUGGUGUACACCCCGAAGCUGGUGUACACCAGAAAGAAAGAGAUGAUGAAGAAGGGACAUCUACUUCCUACGGCGGGGACCAUUAUUCUCCCAGGGACCAUGCGUACUUGAAGACUCCAGAAGCUCCGACGAUGACCCUUGAACCGGGACAAGCCAAUUCAGGAACAACUCGUCCACCUCCUUACUUCGUCAUUCCGGAUGAAGAUCCACCUACUGGCCUCAACGAGGUGGAUGGUGGUAGAACAAAUUUGGUGUCAGGCCUCUUAGUAGUCUACAAAACUCAGACUCCUCACCCAUUGAGCUACGCAUAUAAGAAACAUGAAGCGCAGACAGAUGUGCAGGAUGCAGAGGCUGUGGCUAAUGAAGACGACUCAAAUUUGGGGAAAGAUUACCAUACUGCGCCUGGGGAUGCAAGUGAUGCUUCGCAGAAGACCCCUUGUACUCCUAAACCCCCACAAGAAGUUGAGGGAUCAUCUGGUGUGAGAUCGAAAGCUCCGUACAAACCACUCGAAUGGGUUGAAGAAGACCACUUCAAGGCAUUUCAGGAGUUAUUAUCGCGUGAAAGAAACAUCGACUUUUGCAUUGUCACUGGUCAUACUGUGAACAAUCAAUUCUUCCUACAAAUUGCGAAGCCUACUGAGUGGGUUAACACGAUGCACAUGCAAGUAAUAAUGGCCAUGCUUUGGAGACGUAGAGGUGAAAUCUACUUGAAAGACAGGGUAGCAUUUGUAGACACCUUGUUCAUAUCCAUCAUCGGCAACUACUACAACGAUUUCAUAUCGCGAGACAAAAAUCAGUAUGACUGGGGGAAAACCAUUCAGGGCAUUGUAUUGGGAAAACCAGCAAAGUGGGCUAAUCAGCGGCAGAGGCAAAUGUUUCUACGGUUUGUGGACGUUGUAUGCGUCCCGAUGAACUGGGGGUCUGAGCAUUGGGUGGGCCUUGUAAUUGACUUUAAAACGGGCAACAUAAAGAUUUUGGACUCUUUCAUCAGUCAUAAUGAUGAAGCGGCUGUGGAGCAGUAUAUGGCGCCCGUGUGUCAAAGUAUGCCAUUUAUAUUGAAGCGUUAUUUGGAUAGCCAAUUAACGGAAGGCGUACGCACCACCCCUUACACAUGGAGUCGUUUGGAGGGCAUAUAUCAGAACAAAAGAUCCGGUGACUGUGGGCCAUGUGCGGCCAAAUUCUUAGAGAUGCAUGCUGCAGGGCUUGGAGUGGAGGAUAUGGCUUUGAUAACGGACGAUGUCGUUGACAGGUUAAGGGAGAAAUACGCCAUGGACUCAUACGAAGAGUUUGUCGGGAAUCCGGCUAUUGCCAACGCUUAG